UAUAAAUAAAUUGCGAAGUAUACGAAUUUUGUCAGUCACUAAUAUUUUUCAUUUAUUUUACGAACUGAUAUUUGUAGUUGCUUUGAAAACGCAGAGUUGUAAGUUGAAAAUCAGAAUGUGGAUUUUUCUAAUGUACCCUUUUUUACUAGCAGUGGCAGUCUACCUUUUAAGUAAGCUGCAUGCUAUAUACAUUUAUUUCAAGAAUUACGCAAUCGUACAAAAGGUACCAGGACCUCCUAAAAGUGGAAUCAUAAUCGGAAACUUGCCAUACUUUGGGACAACUGAUGAAGUGAUAUUUCGUCGCCUUCAUCAAGCUGUAAGAGAAUUCUAUCCGAUUUUCAAAGUUAGUGCGAUACAUUUAACAGCAGUCGUUAUGUUUUCCCCGAAAGACUGCGAAAUGAUUCUCUCUAAUUCCGUCCACAAUGAAAAAGGAUAUAUUUAUAAAAUACUCCACAAGUGGUUAAAAUUUGGACUUUUGACUAGCUCAGGGACGAAAUGGCAAACUCGAAGAAAAAUUUUAACACCAGCUUUUCAUUUCAGUCUUCUUCAACAAUUUGUUUCAGUUUUCAACAAUCAGACAGAAAAGCUCGUAGAAAUACUGAAAGAGGAAUGUAACAAAUCGUGUGUUGAAGUGAAUUCUUUGAUAGCGCAGUUCACGCUGAAAACAAUAUCUGAAACAGCGAUGGGUACAAAACUCGAAUUUAAAAAUAAAAAAGAUCAAGCCUAUAAAAAAGCGAUUCAUGAUAUCGGUAGAAUGUUUUAUUAUAGAGUUUUUCAUCCAUGGUGUUUUGAAGAGAUUGGUAAUAUUUUAUUCAACUCAUCAUACUUGAGAGAACGUAAAGCCAUGAAAAUUUUACAUGGAUUCACUAAAGAGGUGAUUGAUAAAAGAGAAAAAAAUUUUGUCGAUGAUGAGUUACCAAAAGGAGAACACGAAGUGUACAAAGGAAAACGACGGUUAGCCAUGUUAGAUCUUCUACUGUCUGCGAAAAUAAAUGAAGGGAUUAUUGAUGACGAAGGUAUCAGAGAAGAAGUCGACACUUUUAUGUUUGAAGGUCACGAUACAACCACUGCGGCACUGAGUUUCAUACUGAUGCUUCUAGCCAACAACAAAGAUAUACAAGAACGCAUUUACGCCGAAAUAGUUGAAAUUCUCGAAGACUUGAAUAAAAAACCAACGUACAACCAAUUGCAGCAUUUUAAAUAUAUGGAGCGUUGUAUCAAAGAGAGUCUUCGGUUGUACCCCAGCGUGUUUUUCAUUUCUCGAAAUUUAGGAGAAGAUGUAAUAACUACCACUGGACAUUUGCUUCCGAAGGAUACUCACGUCUUCAUUUAUAUCUAUGGGCUUCAUCGAAAUCCUGAUAUUUAUCCUGAUCCUGAAAAGUUCGAUCCUGACCGAUUCCUUCCGGAAAAUUGUCAAAACAGACAUCCCUAUGCAUAUAUACCGUUCAGUGCAGGACCACGAAACUGUAUAGGACAAAAAUUUGCCAUACUAGAGAUGAAAGUUGCGCUUUGUGCUAUUUUGAGCAAAUUUUACUUGCACCCAAUUGAUACUCUACAAUCGGUUGUACUUAUUCCUGAUAUUAUUUUAAGAAGUAAAGACGAAAUUAAAGUAAAAUUUGUUCUACGUGAGCCUUACCGUCUACACCAUAUCCUUAAUAACAGUCAGUCCAGUGGUUUCGGACAUAAUCUGUUCGAUCUAAUCGACAACAGCGGAGAGACAAACGGUAAAACCUACUUCUUCAAAUUGCAAGAGCUUGAAAAACAAUGCAUCUACUCCGAAUUAGUCGACGUUCUUGGCGACCUAAAUAUAAAGUCAACCUACAAUGGUCUGAAAAAUUUAAAAUACACGGAGCGCUGCAUUAAAGAGAGUCUUCUAUUGUACACCAGCGUCUUCGUCAUUUCUAGACACUUGGGAGACGAUGUAAGGAUUACAAGUCGAGAUCUACUUCCCAAGGGCACGCAUGUAGUGAUGUACAUCUAUGCGGCAUCAUUUAGUGCAGGACCACGAAAUUGCAUAGGACAAAAAUUUGCAGUGCUUGAGAUGAAAGCUGCUCUUUGCGCUAUUCUGAGUAAUUUUUUGUUAAAACCGCUCGAUACACCACAGUCCAGUGUCCCUAUAAUCGACAUUAUUCUAAGAAGUAAAGAUGACGCUAAAUUACCCAUGACGGUUAUCAGUAGAAACACUGAAACUGCUGACAGUAGAAAAUUUAAAAUGCCUAUUUCUUUAUCGCACUUUAUUUUAUUACUCUUAAUACUUUAUCUUAUAAAUAAGACAUAUGCAUUAUAUAUUUAUCUCAAAAACAACAUAAUUGUGCAAAGGUUACCAGGACCUCCCAGGGGUGGCAUCAUAAUGGGGAAUAUAGCAGGCUUUGGAAACACUGCAGAAGCGGUAUUUCAAAACCUCAUUAAAGCCGCAAAAGAAUUUUAUCCAAUUUUCUCGGUACAUGCAGUACAUAUAACUACAGUCUUCGUUCUCUCGCCAGAUGAUUGCGAGUUGAUACUCUCUAAUCCCAUUCACAACGAAAAAGGAUUUUUCUACAAACUAACUCACAAAUGGUUAAGAUUUGGACUUUUAACCAGCUUUGGAACGAAAUGGCAAACUAGAAGGAAAAUUCUAACACCAGCUUUCCACUUCAGUAUUCUUCAGCAGUUUGUCUCGGUUUUCAACGAACAAGCAGAACAGCUCGUAGAAACACUGAGUGAAGAAUGUAACAAAUCCUACGUCAAAGUGAAUUCUGUUUUAACACAAUUCACCUUAAAAACCAUAUCUGAAACAGCGAUGGGUACCAAACUCGAGUUUAAAAAUAAAAAAGAUCAAGGUUAUAAAAAAGCGGUUCACGAUAUCGGCAAAAUCCUUGCUUAUAGAGUCAUACAUCCAUGGUGUUUCGAAGAGAUUGGUAAUCUUUUAUUCAAUUCCUCAUUUUUUAAAGAACGUAAGACUGUAAAAAUUUUGCACGAAUUUACUAAAGCGGUGAUUGAGGAAAAAGAGAAAAACUUCGUCGAUGCUGAGUUACCGAAAGAUGAACAUGACGUGUACAAGGGGAAAAGGAGGUUAGCUAUGUUAGAUCUCCUACUAUCGGCAAAAAAAAAUGAAAGAAUUAUUGAUAACGAGGGUAUCAGAGAAGAAGUUGACACUUUUAUGUUUGAAGGGCAUGAUACGAUAACUACAGCUCUAAGUUUCAUGUUGAUGCUACUAGCCAAUAAUAAAGAUGUGCAAGAACGCAUCUACUCCGAAUUGGUUGAAAUUUUUGGAGACUUAAUUAAAAAACCGACUUACAACGAACUGCAAAAUUUAAAAUAUUUGGAGCGUUGCAUUAAAGAGAGUCUUCGGUUGUAUCCUAGCGUCUUUUUCAUUGCUAGAAAUUUAGGAGAAGAUUUAAAAACGACGAGUGGAUAUUUACUUCCCAAGGGCACCCAGGUAGUCAUGUACAUCUAUACGCUGCAUCGAAAUCCCGAUCUUUAUCCUGAUCCUGAAAAAUUCGAUCCUGACAGAUUCCUGUCAGAGAAUUGUCAACAUAGACAUCCUUACGCAUAUAUACCGUUUAGUGCGGGAUCACGAAAUUGCAUAGGACAAAAAUUUGCCAUUUUGGAGAUGAAAGUUGUUUUGUGCGCAAUUUUGAGAAAAUUUUUCCUAGAACCAAUCGAUACUCCACAAACUAUUGUCCCUAUUGUCGACAUUAUUCUCAGAACUAAAGAUGAGAUUAAAGUAAAAUUUGUUCCACGUUAUUAAUAGUAAAUUUUAAUAUCCUAGUCAAUUUUCUGCAUUAGUUGUAGAAAAA